AUGUUGAUUUGGUUAUGCAUUUUAUUUGCUUCUAACACAUGCGGACAAAUACCGUUUAAACAGACGGAUGAAAACGAAAUUUUUGAUGUAAAUUUUGGAAGGUUUAUUGCCGGAGCUGACCUAUUAGUGAUUAGAAAUGAACCAAAUGAUGAGAUGCCUGAUAACUUGAAGAAAGAUGGUAUCAAUAAUCAAGACGUAUUUGGUAAACAAUCAUCUGAAGAUGAUAUGAUGUCUGUACUAUCAAAUGGAAGAGUGCCUGAAAAACUCGCAUUGCCAGUUUUGGAUAAAUCAUUGAUGAUCGCUGCCGGAAAAAUCAGUGAAGAAAUGGUGAAAGAAUUCAAAGACGAAAAAAUGAAAAGUGCCAGCAUUGAAAUUAGUCAAACGGAUGGCAGUAUUCAACAGUCAACAUCACAAAUGAGCGGAUUUCUUCACGGUGUGGAAGGUGAAGAUACUGUUGAAAAGAUGGUUCAAGAUUCAAAUUUCAUUCAUGUUAACGGAAAUUCAAGUUUAUCCGAGCCACACGUCGAGAAUUCAUCGGAUUUCCUCACACUCAAUGCACCUAUUUACAACCUGAAAAUAAAGACAGUGAUAGAUGAUCCUAGUUCCAAUACCUUGAAUUACACUGCAGGAAAUUUAUCUGACACUUCCAUUAUCUGGAGCAAUCCACAUAUCUUCGUUAAACCCAUCCAUAUUGCAAAGUUUCAUUCGGGCCAUGAAAUUUUAUCUGUAAAGGCGUACGACAUGUCCAAUAAUUCAAUUGAAUUCAUAUGUAUGUUACCGGAAGUUGUAUUUUGUGUUACCGAUUUACUCAGCAAUGAUAGUUAUCGGUUACGUGUUGUUUAUACUGGCAGCACGAGCAUUACAAAUUUCAAUUUGCCUCUUAUCAUCAGAACACGAAGUCACGGAGGAAAUUUGCAUAUGAGUUGGAACGCUUCCAUAAAUUUUGUUUUGGAUGACAAAAUUCAGUCCGAAAUCUCAAGCAUAACAACUCAGCAAACUACUGAACAUCAGGCGGAAGCAAUAAUUGAUAAUGAAUUCCAUAUGCAACCAAAUUUCAUCGCUUCCGAGGAGCAACCAGUUCCAGUCUGGAACAGUUCCACUAUUCAGCCUGAAAGGACAAUGAAGCCAAAAGCUCCUGUUUUUAUUUUUAUACCACAUUUCGAACACAGCAGCUAUGAAAUAUAUGUACCAGAAGGAAAAAACAAGGAUUCGAUGAUUGUCGCCAUAGUUUACUUUUUAACCUAUCUUGGUGAUGUCGAAGCAAAAUUUUCAAUUCAAUCCGAGCCACUUCAAUGGUUUUAUCUGGGUGAGAUGGAAAAAAAAACGAAUGCAAAUCGUCUUAUUAUUGCGAUCAAACUUAUGCUACAGGAUGGCGCUGACAUUGAUUCCAGAAAAACUAACCAUGGCCAAUAUAAAUUUCAAAUUAAAGCUAACCAAGGCAGUUUUGAAACUACCACAGAUAUCAAUGUUGAAGUCCUGACAUUUGCUACCAAAGGAAACUCUUAUUCUUCGGUGGUAACAACAAUUUCUAGUGCAACUGAAACAUUAAUGAUGGAUGAAUUUACCACACUGAAAUUUCUUACUGAUUCAGAGCAUCAUGCUAUUGCAGAUUCUAUGAAUAUUUCUGGGAGUGAACCUGAAAUUAUUACAGUGAAUAUACCGAUUAUGGAACAAAUAGACACAGUUACCGCUCAUGAAAGCUGGAAUAUAAAAAUAACGCAAGCCGAACCUACAUCGAGCGCUUCGGAAACUACAAGCGAAACAUUUGUCGAAAAACUGGAUAAUAUUCAGGGACUAGAAACUACAGAAUCUAUUGUAAAAAUUCAUAAUAGUCUUGAACUUUCCCGUGUUGGUGUAUCACAAAGGGGGCGAUCUGUUGAAAGAUUAUCAUCAUUUCCAGAAGAAUUUCCUGUACGUGAAGAUUUUUCAGAAACCUUCCAGUCGACUGUUCAUGAUACUGAAGCAAUAGCUAAUACUGCCAAAUCUACAACAGAAAAAGGAUCAGGAAGAUCUUUCUUUUUACAAAUCAAAGAGACAGGAAAACACCAGUCAGAAUCAGUAGCUAAAGCAAGUCCUUCCUCAGUUAAUAUUCCUUUAUUUAAGAAGUCAUUCGGAGAGCUUUCCAGAAAAGUCCCGGAGAACUGGACAAAUUUUCCACUUAAAGAAAUUUCAAAUAAAAAGCAAAUUAUGAAUGAAUUUCAACCAUUACAGGAAUAUGAAAUUAUUUCAGUAACACCUCCAGAAAGUUUUUGGGAAGAUGGUUUUACUCAUACUGAUCAUGGUAAUUUGAAUGCCGUCUAUUACAAUUCAGUUUCAUCUGAACGAGGAACAUCUAGUCGAAAUGCAUUAACGACAGAAAUGGAUUACAGCUCUAAAGACAAUGAAUUCCGUGAAAGCAAUGAUAAUUUUUCCUCAUACAGCCAAGAACAACUACUGGUAGACAAUAAAUUAACAACUGCUGUUGUUUCAUCAGUCCAAAAUGACAACAAUUUAUUCCCAAAUAUUCCAGUAGAAAAUAGAAAAAGCUUGCAAGAUAAAUUUGGUACAUCUGUCAUCUCAAUGACAACGACAUCUGUAUCAGGGAGUGACGGUAACAUUGAUAACUUGCCUUGGAGCUCUCAAAAUGACAAAUAUUUCAAUGAAAACUUCGGAAAACUUACACCAAACUUUAAAACAAGCAUGGAUAUACAACUUAACUAUGCAACUACUAUGGAACCUGAACGAAGUAUUAACACGGGUGUUGAUAAUAAUGACAUUGAUAGUGAUUUGAACACCAGUGUUGGAAAUACCAAUAGUGCUAUCAGGAAAGAUCACAUUGAUCAUAUUAGCACCAUUAAUAACGAUGUUGAUGCGACUGUUACUUCCAGUGAUUCGACGGAAGCAAUUGGCGUAGAUCGAAGUACUGAUGCUACUAUUCUUCAGCCAACAUUGAUCAGCUUGACAGACAACAUGAACAUGAAUUCAGAUUAUAAAGUGAAUGAAAGCAGUAAUGAAAACUUUGAAACUGAUAAGUUGGAACAGAUUCAACUGGUUUUACAACAGACAGACAGUGUUAAAACGACAGUUGCGGCUGUGCUACAUCCAGAAACAGUCCGGAUAGAAGCUAAUGCUAAGAGAGAAGAAAUCAAUAAGAUGCAAUCACAAGAAACAACGAUAGAUGUGAAGUUCAAAACCAUCGAAGGAAGCAAAUACGUUUUGCCUAACGAAUUUAGAGAUUCGGACAUUUUACCCGAUCUUGAUAUCAUCAUUACAGCUAAUAACAUGGAUCCUAAUGAUGUAAUUAUGGUAUCAGUAAAUUCUUCUUCAUUGGAAGUCAUUCCGCGUCGUAUGCAGCCAGGAAAGUCAGUUUUCCUUGCUGUUCGUGACGCUGAAAAACUGGAUCGCGAACUUUUAGAUGGCUUUGUUGUUGUCAAGGUCACCGCAUCUCAACGAACACGUCCGUCAGUAACGUCAUCAAAAGUGAUUAAUAUUAUUAGAGAUGAAAAUCUAAGCAAUGAAUUGCCAGUAUUUUUGUUUCCUGAAUAUGAUUUUCAUGUAAAUGAAGGCAGCAUAACAGGACAAAAAGUUGGUCAGAUGGAAGCUGAAUUCAUGAAUCGCCGUGGACAUGGAAUUAUCACUUAUCAGCUUAUUGGUCCCGGAAGUGAAUUAUUUGCGGUAAAUGGAGGUACGGUAAGCGUUUCAUGUCCAAGUGUUCUGCCGUGCUUGGACCGGGAGCAAACUGCUGCAUAUCAUCUUCUUGCUAUCGUUACCGAUCGCAAUGGUUUAAAAUCGGCCCCUGCAAUUGUAAAGAUUUUUAUCAAUGACCGGAAUGAUAAUGGCCCAAUUCUGGAAACAUCACAAAAUGAAAUUACAGUAUCAAAUGGCCGUCUCACAAAGCCCUUUGUUGUAAAGGUAAAAGAUAAUGAUAUAGCACCACAUAAUAUCAAUGAAAUAAGCAUAGAUGGCACGGCAUCAGCAUUUAUUUCGCUGGAAAAAGUGCGUGAUAAUAUUUAUUACGGACGGCUUUGGUCAUUACCAGCAGCGGGGAUUUAUCAACUGAUUAUCACUGCCCGUGAUCCCGAUGGAAAUAUUCCAGAACAAAGACUCACCGUUAAAACACAAGUGCUGAAUACAGUGACGAAAGCUCAUUUCAAACGAACGAAAUAUGAAAGGACUGUUAACACCGAAAAGUUAUUUAAAGAUAACUCCAUUCUUCAACCGGAACUGGAAAAUGCUCCACUAGAUGCAUUACGAUUCAUUCUUUUGAGAGACGAUCCCGGUUGGCUUUCUGUGGAUGAAUAUAAUGGAAAUGUCAUUGUUGGGGAUGUUCCGCGAACCGGCAUCGUAAGUGGGAAAUACAGUACAUCCAUCGCAGCAGUGAAUCGAACUGAUGGUAGGAUUAUCACGGAAUCUGUUCUCGUUCUCACCGUAAUCAACAAUAAUCACGUGAAGAAAUUGUUUACCAAAAAGCUUAUUGUCAAAACCGUGCGUAAAGACUCAGCACUAAGUCGUCAAACAGUAGAAAUACUUCCGGAACAUAACAAAGCAUCAAUAACGAUCAUACGAGAUAGUAUCAGUGCUAUUGAUGAGCAACUUCAUUACAUUCACCUCGAUAAGAAUGCAAUAUCAAGUAGUUAUGGUAUGAUAAUAAUGGACAUGAAGCGAUUGCAACAAGCACGGAUCUUACAAUUCAACUUAUCCUCAAAAGAAGAUGCUAAUGAUUCCGCAGAAGUGAUGCUGUUUCUCAGUUCGGAGCCAGUGGAGAUGGCACAUGAACGUAAGCGACAAGCACAGCCAAGAUUUGGUCAUCCAUGGAGAAGUGACAUGAAUAUCAUUCCAAUCAAAUUAGCUGAAAAUUCACCAGAAGGCUACACAAUUAUUUCGCUGCCAGCUUACAAUCCGAUGAAUGGGACCAAAGUUAUGGAUCUAAAACUUUCAGGCGAAAUGGCACAACAUUUCACUGUUGAUGGAAGAAGUGGAGAUGUGCAGGUUUUGACGCCUUUCGAUUUUGAAGCAAUGGAACCAGAAUCACAUACAUUUGAUUUAUUACUGAUCGCCGGUGAAGAACCAUAUGAUACUGUAGCAGUACUACGAGUUGAAAUUAUUGAUGUUGAUGACAACCCACCAAAAAUAGCCAAAUUUGGCGAUUAUAACUUUGACGAUCUGAAGAUUGCGGAAAACUCACGCCCUGGAACGGUGCUUUUUGAAGUUCAAAUAUCGGAUCCUGAUUAUUUGUAUGGUAAAACAGGUGUCUUCAAUUAUGCAUUAAGUGGUAACGGUGCAGCUAAUUUCCAGGUUAAAAAGAUAAAUGACACUGUAGCAGUAAUCGUUUCUCCUGCUGCUGAUUUGGACCGAGAAAAAGUUGAGAAAAUGGUUGUUUUACUGAAAGUUAUUGAUUCUGGUGGAAACAGCGAUAGUGUGGUGGGAAUGAUUACGAUAACAGAUGUAAAUGACAACGUGCCCGUUUUCAUUCAUAACGAAUACAAAGUUGAAGCAGUGGAAAAUUGGCCUGAAGCAAUGAUACUGACACAUGUGCAUGCUGAAGAUAAAGACAAAGGUCUAAAUGCAGAUAUUCGUUACUCGCUAUCACCAAAGAAUAAUCAGUACUUCGAAAUUGAUCCAAUAAAUGGAUUGAUACGUGCCAAGAAAGCGCUGAUUGGCCUAGCUCGUGCACAUCCGUACGAUUUCUCAGUUCUAGCAUGCGAUCAAGGUAUACCGCCUCUAUCAGCCAGUACAACUCUUAGCAUCCAUGUACUCGAAUCGACAUCAUUAAGUCAUGCUGGUGAUAACAAGGGUAUACAUAUUGUGUCACCCUCCGUUCAUUUCACUUUACAACUUGAUGAGAAUACUCCAGCUAAUGAUCGCAUUUAUUCAGUCCGAGCUAAAAUCGGUGGUUUUAAUGAGCAAUUUGGCCGAGAAAUUAAGUACUCAAUAACGCCAGUGGAUAAUGCAACGGAUGGUGGGUGGUUUACAAUCGAUGCAAAUAGCGGGGAUCUAUUCACUUUACAAGAAUUGGACUACGAACUUCAACCUGCAAUAACUGUUAGUUUAUUUUAA